UUCGCUACAAUUUCCUUCCCAACGCUUCAGUUUGGCUCGAAUCGUAAGGAUGAAAUCAACACUGGCAGUUCUUCUAUUUGCGAUUGCCGCAACCAAUGGCUAUAGGUUCGACAGAGAUGGUUACGAUCCGUUCGAACCCUUCAUAGCAGGAGGAACAAACUCGGUACUAGGACAGUUUCCUUCGAUUGUAGCCGUUGGCGUUCCUACUCCAGCCAAUGCAUUUUGUGGUGGUGUUAUUUUGAAUGAGAAUCAUGUGUUGACAGCUGCGCUAUGUGUCCUGACUCCACAGAACACCUUAUUAGCUCCUGGACAGGUGACCAUAAUGUCAGGAGCAUUGCAACUGGUUUUCACUGCCCCUCGGAUCGGUGUAUCAGCGAUUUAUGUUCAUCCAGAGUACAACCCGUUUACAUUCGCCAACAAUUUGGCCGUUUUGAGGACCAGUUCCAAUUUCGUUCCACCGGAUGUAGCCAUCCAAAACAUUGCUUUUGCAAUUCUUGGUGAUGAAAUACCAUUCGAUGGAAUGGCCUGCCAGGCGGCUGGCUGGAACAACGCUACCGCUUCACCCACACAGCAAUUUAUUGCUGCUCCAAUUAUCAACAGAGACGUCUGCGCCGGGUUAGCCGUACAUUUCGGACGGAUUGAAGAGUCCAUGAUUUGUGCGGGCGGUACAGCGCAGGGACCGGGAGUCUGUGCUAGUAACAUGGGAACUGGUUUAUUCUGCGACGGCCGUGUCGUUGGAAUUUUGUCCACUGGAUUCGGCUGUGGUGCGGCAAACAAUCCUGGAGUAUACACUCAGCUACGAUUCUAUGAACCGUGGAUUCAACAGCAGUACAGACGCCAGGACAUUCCGCCAGCUGGUUCGUCGCCUAUCCCUUCGUGGUGAUGCAAUGGAAUACAAUAAAGAUUUUUUUGUGUGAUUUCUAAA